AAAUGGGACCCCAGUCUGAAGGUGAUAGCAGAAGGCUAUGCUGCUAAAUGUGUCUGGAACCACAACCCUGACCUGGAGGAGACCGGAGAGAACCUGUACGCCGGGACCAAACCUCUGGACCUCCGAGAGUCUCUGGAAGAAUGGUUUCUGGAGAACCUGAGCUACGACUUCAAUAACAACAGCUGUGAUGAGGACAAGAUGUGUGGACACUACACGCAGAUGGUGUGGGCGGACACACACAGAGUGGGCUGUGCUGUGCAUGUCUGUACCGACAUGGAGGGUCUGAACUGGGGGAGAACCAACUUCCUCGUGUGCAACUACUACCCCGCAGGGAAUUAUGAAGGUGAGCGGCCGUACGUUGAAGGUGAUUGGUGCUCCAGGUGUCCUGAGAACCUCCAGAAGUGUGAAAACAACCUCUGUGUGGACGACACACUGGACGAGAUGCAUGACGACGUAGACGACGGUGAGGACGAAGACGUGACAGAGAUUCCUGCGACGACUGAACCCGUCAUCCUGCUGGAUGAGGAACCAGAGGAGGAGAUAAAGGAGGAAGAGGAGGCGCACGUUCCUCCUCCUGCAACCACUGACAUGUACGUCCAACCUGACACCACAGCUCCACCCGCAGCUCCGCCCACAACAACUAGUACGCCCAGUAUCACCACCACCUCUGCAGAGGACAUGGAGGAAGUCCAAGCAGAAAUCACCCCAGAAGAAAACACCCCAGACCCGGGCACACAGGCUCCAGACGCCCCCCCAACCACACCUGAAAGACAGGAGGAGGGGGUCAAAGUAAACGUGGAGGAGGUGGAGGUGGAGGAGGAGGAGGAGGAGGAGGAGAAGAUAAAGGAGAAGGAGGAGAAAAUAAAGCCGGCGGAAAAAGCAGAGAGAGACGUGGUUGGAAAAAUAUUCCAGGAAGUUACGAUGAGCGCUGCUUCAGUAUGUUCCCCCUCUGUCCUGUUAGCCUGCGUGACGGGGGUCCUGACUCUGAGGCUGUGAGGAGGGGGGCAAGGUGGAGGAGGAGGAGACGAUACGUUCACCUCAUCAGUCUUGCAUUGACUGCACAUGACCUUUGUAAAUCAAUCCUGAGGUAACAAACAGCUUCCAGUCCCUCGCUGCAGAGUAAUUAAUAAAUCACAUUAAUCAGAAAACAGCUGCAGCUCUGUAAAGCUCUGCAUGAAGUCCAGGCUGAGAUCUGAAGCAAACACUGAGUGAGAAACCCACCGUGAAGUAAAGCCAGCAGACACUGUCAACACUGAAAGUAAAUAAAUGUGUCAUCUGCAUAUAAAAAAGACAAAUUUAAAGCACAGACUCUACAUUAAAUUGAAGGAUUCUAGUAAAGUUUUAAAGGUCACAUAUUCUGUAAAAUCCUCUUCUCCAUGUUCCUCUAGUCCGUCUACAAACCCCCCAAUGAUGA